GCCCGAUUCCGGAAGGGGCUGCCCAGUGGUGGCGGCGGUUUCACGCUUGGGGGAUAGUGUUUCUUUUCUGCGGGAGUGGCGAGAUACCCGGCAGCAUCAUGGUCGAGGAGGUACAGAAACAUUCUGUGCACACACUUGUAUUCAGGUCACUGAAGAGAACCCAUGACAUGUUUGUAGCUGAUAAUGGAAAACCUGUGCCUUUGGAUGAAGAGAGCUUCCCGCUGCUCUCAGAGCCUUGCUGAGCUGAAAUUGUACCUGGCCAGUACCUCUACUCCCAUCUUUUCUCUCACAAACGAAAAAUGGCAAUCAAGCUGCGUAAUGAAUAUGGUCCUGUGUUGCAUAUGCCUUCCUCAAAAGAAAAUUUUAAAGAGAAGGGCCCUCAGAAUGCAUCGGAUUCAUAUGGUCAUAAACAAUAUCCUGCCAAUCAAGGACAAGAAGUUGAAUAUUUGGUGACAGGUACACAUCCGUAUCCACCAGGACCUGGAGUUGCUUUGACAGCAGAUACUAAGAUCCAAAGAAUGCCAAGUGAGUCAGCUGCACAGUCCUUAGCUGUGGCGUUACCACCUUCUCAGGCCAGAGUUGAUGCAAAUCGUAGUGCACCUGCUGGAGGUGAAUUCCGACAUUCUGGGGCUUCCGAGCGUUCACAGCCUGCAGGGAUGACUUCGGUGGUUAUGGAGGGUGGUAAUGCCAAGAACUCUGCACUGAUGGCUAAAAAAGCCCCGACAAUGCCGAAACCUCAGUGGCACCCACCGUGGAAGCUCUACAGGGUCAUCAGUGGACAUCUUGGCUGGGUUCGAUGUAUUGCUGUGGAACCUGGAAAUCAGUGGUUUGUUACGGGAUCUGCUGACAGAACUAUAAAGAUUUGGGACUUGGCUAGUGGCAAGUUAAAGCUGUCGUUAACUGGGCACAUCAGUACAGUGCGUGGUGUGAUAGUGAGCACGAGGAGCCCCUACCUGUUCUCCUGUGGAGAAGACAAACAAGUCAAAUGCUGGGAUCUUGAAUAUAACAAAGUUAUAAGGCACUAUCAUGGACAUCUAAGUGCAGUGUAUGGUUUGGAUUUGCACCCGACAAUCGAUGUGCUGGUCACCUGUAGUCGAGAUUCAACUGCACGGAUUUGGGAUGUGAGAACUAAAGCCAGUGUACACACAUUAUCUGGACAUACAAAUGCAGUUGCGACAGUGAGGUGUCAAGCUGCAGAACCGCAGAUUAUUACUGGAAGCCAUGACACUACAAUACGAUUAUGGGAUUUGGUGGCUGGAAAAACAAGAGUCACAUUAACAAAUCACAAAAAAUCAGUCAGGGCUGUUGUUUUACAUCCAAGACAUUACACAUUUGCAUCUGGUUCUCCAGAUAACAUAAAACAGUGGAAAUUCCCUGAUGGAAGUUUCAUUCAAAAUCUUUCUGGUCAUAAUGCUAUUAUUAACACAUUGACAGUAAAUUCUGAUGGAGUGCUUGUAUCUGGAGCUGACAAUGGCACUAUGCAUCUUUGGGACUGGAGAACUGGCUACAAUUUCCAGAGAGUUCAUGCAGCUGUGCAGCCUGGGUCUUUGGACAGUGAAUCAGGAAUAUUUGCUUGUGCUUUUGACCAGUCUGAAAGUCGGUUACUAACAGCUGAAGCUGAUAAAACCAUUAAAGUAUACAGAGAGGAUGAUACAGCGACUGAAGAAACUCAUCCAGUCAGCUGGAAGCCAGAAAUUAUCAAGAGAAAGAGAUUUUAAUGUGGCAUUGUCUUCAUGGUGGUUCCUUUUUUUUUUUUUCCUUAGCUUGGCGUUGAUGAGGAUAUCCAGUCAUUUUGUGCUCUGGCUAGGAAUAUAAAGCAGAAACUCACGUGCUUGAAUCAUUGCUGCUUCAUAUUUUACAAUAAACUGCCCCUGCCCGUGUUUUUAUUUCUAAAAUAAACAAUUUGAGAUCUUAGGAAGUAAGAUGCAGUUAUCAAGCAUAUGGAGAUUUGUUGAACAUAACUCUUCUAAAGAUAGAAUAUUUUGUCAGUUUUAUUAAAAGACACAUUUUUUUUUUUAACUUACCAAACUGCUUACCAUAAUAGGACAUGUUUUGAGAGGAACAGUGUUUUUUUUUUUUUAUUCCUUUAAAAACUAGUGUCUGUGACUGAUAAUUUUGGAUUAAAGGAUUUGAAGUCUUAAUUUAACUUAAUGUAUGUUUAUUCCACGGUUUUUGAGUGCAUCUUCUGCAAAGUUCUGCACUAGAUACUGUUCAAGAAAUAGACAAAUAAGAUGUGUCUGUCCUUCAAGACUUCCACUUUAGUAGCUGGUAAUAGAAAUGCUGUAAUCGAGGUGCAAGCAAAAAGUUGGUGUAGCACAGAGGAAGAGACCAUUGAUUUUCCCGGAGAGGACUGUGGAAGACUUCAUAGCGUAAGUGGUGGUGUUUGGGCUGAGCCUUGAGAGGGUAGAGACCAAAAAGGGUAUUGUAAGAUGAGGUGUAAAGGGAAUGAAGCCAGACAUGUGAAAGUGUGUGGUGUGUUCUGGGAGCAGAGAAUUGUAUGCUGCAGUUGAGUAAUGAGGACAGCUGGUUGGUGGUGGGGAAGGCUCAUGUUUUGAGUUUGGAUUUUAUUCCACAAGCAGAGAGUACCAGUAUAGGUAUCGAAACCUGGAGAAACCAGUGGACGUAUUUGAAGCUGUAGCAAGGAAGAGCUGCAAUCUUUUGUGAAGGCUUUAUAGAAAAGUGUUACUUAAGUGUCUGAUACCUGUACCUCUUGGUAAAUAGAAGUUUUAUAAACCCUACCCUUAGGAUCCUGAUUCCCCAUCAGUCAAGAAGAUUUAUCAAACUUCACUUUCUAUAGUGAGAAAACAUAGUUACAAGAACAAUCGAUUUAAUUUUUUUUUCAAAUUAAAAAAUUGCCCCAUAAUUUUGAAUAAGCAUUUCCAAGUUACGCAUCUCCACCUUGCAUGCUGUAGGUGGGAGUAUAACUGUGAGAGCGUUUAGGAGGCCAGGUCUUCAGAGUAUAUGGAAAAUGCUUGGACUCUUCGGCUAACAUUUCAGUUUCAUUAGAAAUGAAACUACCAGGAAACUGCCUAAUAAGAAGAAUCUGACAAAUGUACACACACAAGUUCAUUGCACCUUUGUUCUUUAAUAAUUAAAAUUAUCCCAGAUGUCCUAUCAGUGAGGGCCUGGUUUAAUAGAUUGUGGUACCUUCACACAGUUUAUUUCUGUCCAUUAAGAGUGAGGAGUGUCUCUGAACUAACAGGAUGUCCAAACUUUACUCUUACGUAAAAAAAAAGUGCAAGCACUUUUUAUAAAAUAACUUGUUAAUGCUCUAAAAAUAAUGGAGAAGUGACACCACAUUGUUAUCAGUGGCUUUGUGAGGGAGUGGAACUAUGGGAGAACUUUUAUGAUUGGCUUUCUAUGUUUCUAUAAUGUUUUAAUUUUCUAUAAGCAUGUAUUUUGUAAACUUAAAUAAAAAAGAAACCACUGCUAAUA